AAAAAUCCUUCAAAUGAUUGACGUUCUGAUCGUGCAAUCCUGCGGCUUCUGAGGACAGCAGAAGGACGAAAGCCAUCAACAAAGAAUAGGGCUUCCUUGCUGGUUGGUCAGUUGAUAAGCCCCAGCGUUGAUAGACGCGGAUACAAGAUGGGGAACGACUAUGAAAUGUCCGAGCUCUCGCAAGGAUACAUCCGGAAAGUGUCCGGCCCUGUCGUCAUUGCCGACAACAUGGGAGGAGCAGCUAUGUAUGAGCUCAUCCGUGUGGGAAAGGAACGCCUGAUCGGAGAGAUCAUUCGGCUCGAGAACGACAGUGCCACUAUCCAGGUGUACGAGGACACAGCAGGCCUGACAGUGGGAGAUGGCGUGGAGCGCACAGGCAAGCCUCUGUCUGUGGAGCUGGGACCUGGCCUUCUGACCACCAUUUUUGAUGGCAUCCAGCGGCCCCUCAAGGCCAUUGCCAUCAACUCCGGAGAUGUGUUCAUCCCCAGGGGAGUGGAUGUGCCUGCGCUGGACCGGAAGAAGGGCUAUGAGUUUGCCCCCGGCAAGAUCAAGGUGGGCGAUCGGCUGACGAGCGGGGACAUCUAUGCGAACGUGCACGAGAACUCGCUACUGGACCACAGGAUCAUGGUGCCUCCUGGUGCCAGAGGGAACGUCACAUACAUCGCGCCAGCCGGCGAGUACACCAUCACUGACAAGGUGCUGGAGCUGGAGUUUGGCGGCGUCAAGAAGGAGUACACCAUGCUUCAGACGUGGCCGGUGCGGUCGCCGCGGCCGGUCGCCCAGAAGCUGCUGGCCAAUACGCCCCUGCUCACAGGGCAGCGUGUGCUCGACGCCCUCUUCCCCUCCGUGCUCGGAGGCACAUGCGCGAUCCCAGGGGCGUUCGGCUGCGGCAAGACGGUGAUCAGCCAGGCGCUGAGCAAGUACAGCAACUCAGAUGGCAUCAUCUACGUCGGCUGCGGCGAGCGCGGCAACGAGAUGGCGGAGGUCCUCAUGGACUUCCCUCAGCUCACCAUGACCACGCCCGACGGCCGCGAGGAGUCCAUCAUGAAACGCACCACCCUGGUGGCCAACACGUCGAACAUGCCGGUGGCUGCGCGUGAGGCGUCCAUCUACACGGGCAUCACCCUGGCCGAGUACUGGCGCGACCAGGGCUACAACUUCUCCAUGAUGGCCGACUCCACCUCGCGGUGGGCCGAGGCGCUGCGCGAGAUUUCUGGGCGGCUGGCGGAGAUGCCUGCGGACAGCGGCUACCCGGCGUACUUGGGCGCGCGGCUGGCAUCUUUCUACGAGCGCGCCGGCCGCGUCGUGUGCCUGGGCGGCCCCAAGCGCGAGGGCUCCGUCACCAUCGUCGGCGCAGUGUCGCCCCCCGGUGGCGACUUCUCUGACCCGGUCACCUCCGCCACGCUCGGCAUCGUGCAGGUGUUCUGGGGCCUGGAUAAGAAGCUGGCGCAGCGCAAGCAUUUCCCCUCGGUCAACUGGCUCAUCUCCUACUCCAAGUACACCAAGUCGCUGGAGCCCUUCUACGACAAGUUCGACCCGGACUUUGUCAACAUCCGCAAGAUUGUGCGCGAGGUGCUGCAGAAGGAGGACGACCUCAACGAGAUCGUGCAGCUCGUCGGCAAGGACUCGCUGGCUGAGAAUGACAAGAUCGUGCUGGAAACGGCUCGGUUCCUCAAGGACGACUUCCUGCAGCAGAACUCCUUCACCAAGUAUGACAAGUACUGCCCCUUCUACAAGUCAGUGGGCAUGCUGCGCAACAUAACGACGUUCCACACGCUGGCGACGGCGGCCGUGGAGCGCACGGCAGGCGCGGCGGCCAGCGGCGAGGGGCAGAAGAUCACCUACAACGUCAUCAAGUCCCGCCUGGCCGACCUGCUCUACAAGAUCACCAGCCAGAAGUUCGAGGACCCCGCCGAGGGCGAGGAGGUCAUCAAGGGCAAGCUUGAGGCGCUCCAUGAGGAGAUUGUGGAGAAGUUCCAUUCGCUUGAGGAUGAGUACCGAUGAGGGAAUGGACAAGAGGUUGGGAGCCAGGCUGGGGCCAAGACCAAUACCUACCAAGGCCCAGAGUGGAUGUACUAAGAGCAUCAGUGGCUGGUGCUUUGCCAAGAUAAUGGCACACCACCAUCAGCCAAUGCUGCACUCCCCCGCUGUUACUGUCUAGGUCUCCGCUGUUGCAUCAGUGUCCGGCAUACAAGUUUUACGUGGCUGACUGAUUGGGAGCACCAUGACUGCCCAUCUUGGUGGUUGCUUGUGUGCUGCACACAGGCACACGGCUGCCCUGUGACAUGCAGGGGCUGGAUGCAAAGUCACUGCUGCUUGAAUGUUCUUUGAGCGGUCUAGACCUGAUCUGUACUCGGCCUGUGUUGUCAGGGAUGUGCCUGUUGCCGUUACUUUGACUAAAAAAGGUCUUCUCUUCGCCAUCAGAACAAAAUCAAGUUACAGUGCAAAGGUCUUUUGCAGACUGCAUCCAGGGAAUCUGUUGAGGAUGGUCCCAUAACUUCAUCAGGGGCCCAUGUAUACUCGAUCGUAUCU